AUUCCCCUUGAGGUAAAGGAAGGUUCUUUUGCAUGUUAGCGUGGCGGGUGACCCAAAUUGUCUCAAGAUCGUCACGUAUAGUCUUCUUGAGAGGGAACAAACAUCAUUUCGUUUUGAAGCGUUUUCUCACCACGACACCGUUCAUUAUGUCGUCAGAAAAUGGAAUCGGGGGUUCGCCUGCCGAAGAGAAGGUCACAUUGGGACCCGAUGGCCAGCCUUUGUCGAAGAAAGCCUUGAAAAAGAUGGAGAAGGAGAAAGAAAAAGAGAAGAAGAAGGCGGAAAGAGAAGCCAAACAGGCUGCUGAGGCAGAGGCUAAAGAUGCUGAGGACUAUGCAAAGGAUCGCUAUGCUGUCCUUCCAAUGGCCCAAUCUCGAGAGAAAACAUCCAAAGUCUGGACUAAAGUGAAAGAUCUGACCUCUGAGGCUGUUGGUAAAAGAGUUUUAGUGAGGGCACGUCUUCACACCACAAGAGGAACAGGUAAGCAGUGCUUCAUGAUUUUACGUGACCGCCAGUACACUGUGCAAGGAAUCUGUGCUGUGAAUGAUGUCAUCAGUAAAGGAAUGGUUAAGUUUGCGACAGGGAUAAACAAAGAGUCUAUUGUUGAUGUUGAAGGAGAAGUGAAAUCUGCUGCUCAGAAAGUUCAGAGCUGCUCUCAAGAAGAUGUGGAGAUCUUUGUUGAUAAGAUUUUUGUUGUAAGUUUGGCUGAGCCAAGACUACCCCUGCAGAUUGACGAUGCCUCACGCCCUGAAACUGAUGAGGAACAAGCUCAUGUGAAUCAAGACACCAAGCUGGAUAACAGAAUUAUUGACCUCAGGACUGUUCCUAACCAAGCCAUUUUCAGUAUUCAAGCUGGUGUGUGCCAUUUAUUUAGAGAGUUCCUCGUGUCUCAAGGAUUUCAUGAAAUUCAUACUCCUAAGAUAAUUUCAGCUGCAAGCGAGGGAGGUGCAAAUGUGUUUGAAGUUACUUAUUUCAAAGGAAAGGCAUAUCUGGCCCAGUCCCCUCAGCUUUACAAGCAGAUGGUACUUUGUGCUGACUUCGAUAGAGUAUUCACCAUUGGAUCAGUUUUCCGUGCUGAGGACAGCAAUACACACAGGCACCUGACAGAAUUUAUUGGUCUUGAUAUUGAGAUGACUUUUAUGGAGCAUUAUCAUGAGGUGAUUGACAUGAUUGGUCGCACCUUUGUCCAUAUCUUCAAAGGAUUGCGUGACAGAUAUGCUGAAGAUAUUGCAAAAGUACAGAAACAAUACCCAAGUGAACCUUUUAAAUUUCUGGAACCAAGUUUGGUGUUGAACUAUUGUGAAGGAGUUGACAUGCUGAGGGAAGCUGGAAUAGACAUGAAUUAUGAUGAAGAUCUGAGCACUCCAAAUGAGAAAUUGUUGGGAAAACUUGUCAAGCAGAAAUAUGACACAGACUUCUUCAUUUUGGACAAGUAUCCACUGUGUGUCCGUCCAUUCUACACUAUGCCAGACCCACACAAUCCUGAAUGGAGUAAUUCAUACGACAUGUUCAUGCGCGGAGAGGAGGUUCUUAGUGGAGCACAGCGAAUACACGACUCCGACCUGUUGGCAGAGAGAGCCAAGCUUCAUGAAAUAGAUUUGGAGAAGAUCAAGGCCUACAUUGACUCAUUUCGUUAUGGUGCACCACCUCACGGUGGUGGAGGAAUAGGCCUUGAGCGAGUAGUCAUGCUGUACCUGGAUAUUCAUAAUGUCCGAAAGAGUUCCAUGUUCCCACGUGACCCAAAGCGUGUCACUCCAUGAGAGAAAGAGUAAACUAUAUGGAGAAAGCCAAUCAAAUUUCCGCGUUACUGAUGCUACUUAAUGAGAAUGCAACCUUAAAGAAAAUUCUAUUUUACCUUAUGAUAAUUCUAUUUUACUUUAAUGAUAAUUCUAUUUUCACGAAAUGUAAUACACAAGAAAUGCUGCUGAAUCUAAGCUAUUAGGAAAUGAUUGGUUUAACUAGGAAUUUCAUUUUGAUAACUUGACUCUGAAGUUUUUAACAUGCGAUCAGGCGUGAUUGCAGGUUAUGGAAUACAUCACUUUUCAAUGCUUGUUUGUCUUUGUUUCCAUAAAUUUGCUGGUAGUUUGUCCAGACUUUGUUAAUCGAA